UCUCCCUCUCCCUCUCCCUCUCCCUUUCUCUCUCUGUCCGCGAAGCCCACGACUACUACCAAACGCCAUCUCUACAAAGCUUCACGAAUCUUUCUCUGCAAAGCUUUCGUCGAUCUCUUGCUUAGAUAUUUGACAAGAUGUCCGGACAAACUCAACGCUUGAACGUUGUUCCUACUGUGACAAUGCUUGGUGCUAUGAAAGCUCGCCUCGUCGGUGCCACCAGAGGCCAUGCUCUUCUCAAAAAGAAGAGUGAUGCUCUAACUGUGCAGUUCCGUCAGAUUCUUAAGAAGAUUAUCUCAACAAAAGAAUCGAUGGGAGACAUCAUGAAAACAUCCUCCUUUGCUCUUACGGAAGCCAAAUAUGUUGCUGGCGAGAACAUCAAACACAUUGUCCUUGAAAAUGUUCAGAACGCAUCCCUUAAAGUUCGAUCUCGCCAAGAGAACAUUGCAGGUGUGAAGCUCCCCAAGUUUGAGUAUUUCACUGAAGGUGAGACAAAGAAUGACCUGACUGGAUUGGCGAGAGGUGGUCAACAAGUUCAAGCUUGUCGUGCUGCUUAUGUGAAAUCCAUUGACGUUCUUGUCGAGCUUGCUUCUCUUCAGACAUCAUUUUUGACACUUGAUGAGGCUAUCAAGACCACAAAUCGUAGGGUCAAUGCCCUGGAGAAUGUUGUGAAGCCAAGGUUAGAGAACACGGUAAGUUACAUCAAGGGGGAGCUAGAUGAGUUGGAAAGGGAGGAUUUCUUCAGGUUGAAGAAGAUACAGGGCUUCAAGAAGAAGGAGAUUGAGAGACAGCUUGCAGCUGCCAAGCAAUUUGCAGAGGGGCAGGUAGCAGAGAAAUUUUCUUUGCAGAAAGGGGUUUCACUUAAUUCAGCUCAUAACAUGUUGUCCGGAACCAUGCAAAAAGAUGAGGACAUAAUAUUCUGAUAUGUUUCUCAUGUUGUGUGGCUUUUGAUAUGCAGGUUUUUCUCUGUGGUAGAAGUUCAUUAUUGUUUAGAUGGAGAAGAUUUUGUAUGAUGAAUAAAAACUUAUGUAUGUACCUAUUUAUUGAAUUAACUUGCGUUGAAUUCUUAAUCUAUGGCUUUGAGGAUAUUUGAUGUGCAGUGUAUGUCAAUUAUUACUGUGUGGUUUUUUAUGAAGUCGCAUAGCAUACUCUGUAAUUACUUGCAUUAGUGGAGCCUGGUAAACUAGAGAGGUUUUU